AUGUCAUUGAAAUCUUCUACAGGGGCAUCCCGGCACCCGCUUUCUCAGGCACUCGACGAGGCGUAUUAUAGAGGCGCCCUUGACGGACUGCUUGCCUUUUUUGCAGCAACUGGCUUCUCUAUUUUGGGACAUCGGUAUGUCCCAUUUUAUCGAGGAUUUAAUCUGCCAGCAAAAGGAAUCUUCGUCACUAGCAUUGCGGUAUCCACAUCUGUGAUCCAGGCAGAAAGAUAUAUGGAAAAGGCAUAUAAACGGUUUCAACAAACAUCUGAUAAAGAUACGGAGGCAGAUAAAACUUUCCGCCUUUCGGAUCAGAAUUUAAGUGGAGGCAAGGGAAUCCAGAACGAAAAAGGCUUGGAGAGCACCCCACAUGAUGCUAGCUCGCCUUAUAACCAAGCUCUUGGGUUCAUUCUUUCAAGAGAAUCUCUUGGUAACGCUCAUAUCCAUUUUAUCCGAAAAUAG